AUGGAGGAUAUGCUUCCUCCCGCCGCAGACAUGGAUUCGAAAAUGAUAUUCCCCAUGGAGGAGCUCACCACCGGCUUGUCGGCUCAAAUCAACAAAUUACAAUUGAUCCCUAUCCAAUCCGAUUCCUGGGUGGUAUUUUUACGGCAAAACUUCGACUUCUUUUUGCAUGAUAUAGGUGAACUUCUGAUCAGAUAUUUUGAGCAGAACACGCCUUGUUUGGGACGAAAUGAGCCGGGUUCAUUUCCAAUCUUUUCUACCGAUUGCUUACUCUUCUCCUCUGCUCCCACCAAGUCUGGAUUUUCCAUGUGUUCACGGUGUCAGAGCUUAGGGGCAGAUGUUGCCCAGAGUUCGGCGGAUUUAUGUAAAGUCGAGCUUGAAGAAGACUUUGAUUGUCUUUUAAACGAUUUUCCAUCCGACUUGGAUGAAGUCAAACCUCAAGAACUAGAGACCACGGGAACCGAUAGAGAUGAUUAUUCGGACGAAGAGGAUGAUCGACCGCUAAAAAGCCCGAAACUUGGGAAGGAAUCGGGCAAGUCCGGGAGUGAGAACUCAACCAAGGGGAGUAAAUGCUCAAAAAUCUAUAAAUGCCAUGCGUGUGAUAAGAUCUAA